AGUACAUACACUGUUAGUCCAAAGGGACUGACGCCGCCCGAUGGAGAAGUCCACUGUCAGCCCCAGGGGGCUGACGCCGCGCUUAUCGUGUUCAAAGAAGAUGAGCAUUUUCAUGGAAUCUGUGUUUCGUACAAUUUGCUUGGACGAUUAGCGGUGUCGCGUAACGCUCCGCGGUUUAACGAUAACAACGACGCGGGAAUCUGUUUCUUGCGUAAUUCUUCGUGUAAUUCGUACAUUAUCCAUUGCACACUGUGUACAGUACAGAUCGUACACACCAUUCAUUGCGGAAAUAUCGUACGACAAUCGAGAAAUCAGUAACUGAUCGGUUUGUGGAUUAAAUCGUUCGAACAAUACCAGCGUGAGAAAAAUGUGGGGCGGUCGUUUCAACAAAAGCAUCGAUCUAGAAUUUCGUGAUCUGAAUGCAUCGAUCGAUAUGGACAAGCGUUUGUACGCCGAAGAUAUACAGGGAAGCGUUGCUUACGCGAGAGCGAUACACAAAGGUAAUCUUCUCACGGACGAAGAACUGCGAGCCAUAAUCGAAGGCCUAAAGAAGGUGAAAGCUGAAUGGGAAAAAGGUGAUUUCGUCGUACACGCUCAGGACGAGGACAUCCACAGUGCAAAUGAGCGUCGCCUUUCGGAGCUGAUCGGCAGCGUGGCCAAAAAGUUGCAUACAGGAAGAAGCCGGAACGACCAAACGAUAACUGACACCAAGUUGUGGCUUCGGAAAUCCAUAGACGAUCUUUCCAACAAAAUGACGGCAUUCGUUGGGAUCCUAGUCGAUCGGGCCAAGGAAGAAAUGGGAAUCCUGAUGCCAGGUUACACGCACAUGCAACGCGCGCAGCCGGUUAGAUGGAGUCAAUGGUUGCUCAGCUACGCUUGGUACGCGAAAGCAGACGUGAAAAGAUUGCAGGAAAUCCGCGAACGAUCGAACGUGUUGCCCCUGGGCAGCGGUGCGAUAGCUGGCAACCCUUUCCAAAUUGAUCGACGUUCCCUGGCCAGGGAGCUAAACUUUCACGGGGUAACUGAAAACAGCAUGAACGCGGUGGGGGACCGUGACUUUGUCGCGGAAUUCUUGUUCUGGUCGUCCUUGACCGCGGUCCAUCUGAGUCGGCUCGCGGAGGAUCUGAUCAUUUUCAGCAGCGAGGAGUUCGGUUUCGUGAAGCUGGCCGACGAACUGUCAACCGGAAGCAGUCUGAUGCCGCAGAAACGCAAUCCGGACUGCAUGGAGCUGAUCCGUGGCAAGUCCGGCACUCUGCUCGGAAAGUGCACGGGCUUCAUGGCCACGCUGAAAGGAACCCCCUCGACGUACAACAAGGAUCUUCAAGAAGAUAAAGAGGCUGUUUUCUCCGCAUUCGACAUUGUAAACAGCAUGAUCGUUGUCGCCAGCAAAGCGUUGGCCACUCUCGAGGUCAACGAUCGAAAGUGCCGGCAUGCUUUAGUGCCUAACAUGCUGGCAACCGACUUGGCAUAUUAUCUUGUACGGAAGGGAGUUCCGUUCAGAGAAGCGCAUCAUUUGGCUGGAAACGUUGUGGUCCUUUCGGAGACUAUUGGUGCACCGAUAUCUGGAUUAACACUGGACCAAUUACGAUCCGUGAGCAAUAUAUUUGAAAACGACGUAAUGGAGAUAUGGAAUUUCGUGAACAGCGUCGAACAAUAUAAAGCGGAAGGUGGGACCAGCUUAGAAGCCGUAGAAAGACAAAUUGGUAUUCUCGAAUCAUGGUUGCGGCAGUCUAAUUAUGUUUAGAGUAAGUGUGGGUAUUACCGCGGACGCCCCGAAUACUGCGGUAUUUUAUAAAAGCAAUAAAAUCUAACAUGUAUAGUGUGUAAUCGUCGAAAAAUGAA